UCGUUCAGUUUGAGUUUAGCUUUCAAGCGGAGCGCACGGCUCGGUUAGACAGUGACUAAAUAUAUGUGUGUAAAAGAGAUCUACAUAAAUCUGUUCUGCGAUAUACAUACAUAUAUAUUAAACUACGAGCAGUGUGUAUCCUAGAAGAGAUCAACUUAAAAGUGAGACGGUAGUCUAUUUAGAACCAGCCGUUGCGUAGCAAUAAUGAAUUUCUCCUAUGGCUGCUUGACGUUGCUGUCAUUGGUUUUCAUCGCUGAUCUGGGCAGCGGCAGUCGCUCGUUUACAGUGGACUAUGAAAAUGAUAGAUUUCUGAAGGAUGGGCGACCCUUUCAUUUCAUUGCUGGAUCCUUUCACUACUUUCGAGCACACCCCGACACCUGGUCACGCCACUUGAGAACUAUGCGUGCGGCGGGUCUGAAUGCGGUUACUACUUACGUGGAAUGGUCGUUGCACAAUCCGCGCGAUGGCGUCUACGUCUGGACGGGCAUUGCGGAUCUGGAGCGCUUUAUACGUUUGGCUGUGGACGAGGAUCUGCUGGUGAUACUUCGCCCCGGACCCUACAUCUGUGCCGAGCGCGACAUGGGCGGCUUUCCCUACUGGCUGCUCAACAAGUUCCCCGGCAUUCAGCUUCGCACAGCUGAUAUCAAUUACUUGAGCGAGGUGCGCAUAUGGUACAGUCAGCUAAUGGCACGCAUAGGCCCCUAUCUGUACGGCAACGGCGGACCCAUUAUCAUGGUGCAGGUGGAGAACGAGUACGGCUCGUACUUUGCCUGCGAUGCCAACUAUCGCAACUGGCUGCGCGAUGAGACACAGAACCACGUUAAAGACAGCGCCGUGCUAUUCACCAACGACGGACCCGGGGUUCUGCGCUGUGGCAAAAUACAGGGAGUUUUGGCCACAAUGGACUUUGGAGCCACGUCGAACCUGAAAGACGUCUGGGCCAAGCUGCGACAGUACCAGCCCAAGGGUCCGCUAGUAAAUGCCGAGUACUAUCCCGGCUGGCUGACCCACUGGACAGAACCAAUGGCCAAUGUGAGCACCUCAGCAAUCACUGGAACUUUCAUAGACAUGCUUGAUAGCGGAGCCAGCGUCAAUUUCUACAUGUUUUAUGGUGGAACCAACUUUGGAUUCACGGCAGGCGCCAACGACAAUGGACCGGGUAACUACAUAGCCGACAUCACCAGCUAUGACUACGAUGCGCCGAUGACGGAGGCUGGCGACCCCACGCCCAAGUACAUGGCCUUACGUCAAAUUAUCGGCAGGUACUUGCCGCUGCCGGAUAUGCCAGUGCCCACGCCGGUGCCGAAGCGGGCGUACGGGACGGUCCGGCUGCUCAGCUGCUGCACGCUGUUCUCCGACGAGGGUCGGGAGAAGCUGAGCACGGGCGUUGUGCGGUCGGCGAAGCCGAAAACCUUUGAGGCCCUGAACCAAUACUCCGGCCUGGUGCUGUAUGAGAGCUGGCUGCCGUCGCAGUUUAAACGGGAUCCGAGUAUUCUGCACGUUCGUGGCUUGGCGGAUCGGGGCUAUGUCUAUGUGGAUAAUGAAAUUGUCGGAAUACUGGCACGGGAAGCACCUAUCUUCGAUCUGCCACUGAGUCCCAGCAUGGGCAGAAAAUUGCAGAUUCUGGUUGAGAAUCAGGGACGGCUCAACUUCGGUAGACAGCUGAACGAUUUCAAGGGCCUAACCAAGGACGUGCGCCUGGACAAACAGAUCCUAAUCAACUGGAAUAUGACCAAGUAUCCCCUGGAGUCCUACGAAGACUUGGAGACGCUCGUUGUCCAGUCCACCGCAGCGGCGCAAGCUGGUUUCAAAGAGAUCAAGCAACUGAAAACGAUUCUACGCAACGGCCCGGCUAUCUAUUACGGUACAUUGACCAUCAACAGCGCCGACGAUCUGGCGGACACAUACCUAGACAUGUCCGGCUGGGGCAAAGGUAUUGUCUUCGUGAACGGCGAAAAUCUGGGUCGCUACUGGCCACUGGUGGGCCCACAGAUAACCCUAUAUGUGCCUGCCCCGGUGCUGAGGGUGGGCAGCAACCGUUUGAUUCUAGUGGAAUACCAACAGGCACCGACGGUUAUGGAAGUGCAGUUCCGAAAUACGCCCAUCCUGAACAGCAGAAGGUCGAAUUAGCUUAGGUACUAGUACUACAACACCAUAUAUCAUGUAAAUCGUUUUAAAUUAAGUUUUGUUUUGUAAGGCAUUAAAAUCUGGUAAUGGCUCGCUCCUUUAUCCUUUUGUAAGCCUGCCGCAAAAAGACUCAUUACCGAAGCAUCAUCAACACGACAAAAACAGUUAAGGGAAGCACGCAUGUGACCUUUGUAUGUAUGUCACCUUUCCAAAUUAAUCCCAAAUGAUUGAAGUCCCCGACAGCACAGAAGCUGCUAAACUGUCAUCAGUAAAAGUUCAAAUUUACGUCAUGCCUCGCUGGGUUCAGCGCUCAAGCUAAGAUAUGUGGAUACACGAUUGAAAUAUAUACACAUAUAGAUGAGAAAUGGAAGCUUGCUUUUCUUAAAAUUAUCCCAAAGCCUUAGAUUCAAUAUUUAAAAUGAAAGGCCUAAUGAAGCGAGCUAUUUUUGUGAGUCCUUUAACUUUUCCCUUUAGUUAGGGCAAUAUAAAAUAUCUGGAAUGCAUUUAUUGAACAAAAUGAAUAUUUAAAGGAGUUUAGAUUAUAUGGUUGAAUUAGCUUGAAAACAACGCUAUUUUCGGUAUGCCUAAAAAAAACUUAUUCCAGAAAGUUAAUUGGAAUUUUUAUAGAUUAUAGAAUUUUUUAACUAUUUAAAUGUCUUGGGUAAUUGUUGUGAAAGUAGUUAAAUUUAUUCAAAUGCUUAAUUGAUAAUUAUUGAUGAAGGUCAGAGAUAAGAUUUUAUAAUAAAAGAAGAAUAAAAUAAAUACUGUUAAGAUACAAAACUUGAA